AUGGGACGCAAACCCGCCCCUCAGCCGUUGCCGCUCUCUGAGGCCACAGCUCCGGCUGAACCAGACCAGCCAUCUGGCGGAUCUCUACGGCUCACCUCCCCAGCAGAUUCGACCAGGUCGCCAAGGUCCCCACGUUCGCCCUUCCGCCUGACACAGAAGAGAGCACAAAGCGCCGGGGGCAAGCAGCCUCUGCACGUAGCCGACCUUGUACAGCAGCAGCCCGAAGAAGACUACCCGCCCAUCUCAGCGACCUUGCAGGAGCCCUUUGACCAACCCACUUACCAUCCCAGCGGACAACAACCACCGCUGCACCAACAACAGCACCAGUCUCAGCCCCAGCACCAGCACCAGCACGACGACCGCGGCCAGGGUCGUGGUACCCCUUCUGGCCACCGCAAUCACAACCAGCGUCACAACGACGAAAAGGCCUCCAAGUCAGGCUUCUUCUUCAGCUUUGGCAAGUCGUCCAAGUCCGCCGAGAGACUGCAGCCUCAGCCUCAUUCGGAUUCGAGGAACGAGAUCAUGUCCAGAGGCACUGAUCGUCCAGGAGUCAAUAGACAGAACUCCAAGCAGUCAGCAGAGUACUCUGUACCAGAGCAACCCCUACAAAAACCCAUGCCUACAUAUCCAUCCAAAUCAGAGGUAUCAUUGGCUUCGUCCGCCGAGUUCGAGCCGAGCUCCAACGCGGGCAACAGAAAGGACAAGUCUAAAGGAUUCAGAUUUGGCCGCACUGGAUCCAUCCGAGACGCAGACACUGCCGGAUCUCUAGACACGGCGCCAGCCAAGCUCAUCGAACCGCCGGAGCGGGCGCAGACCGUCGCCGCCCUCAAAACAGCCCCAGUCGCCCAGCACGACCGCUCCUUUAGGGAGAUGAUGUCUUCCUCUGCUAGGAAUCACUCUGCCGACCGGGCCCAUGCUCGUGAUACGCCGGGAAGAGACGGCCACAGGGAUCGGGACCAUGUCCGAGGCCAGCCCUCCUCUCUUCGGGAGAAUGGCGGCUCGGCAUUCUUCAGCGGUCUCAAGAGCUCCUCUAGCAAGGCGGCCGACAUGAUCAGCAAGGGCCUCUUUGGCAAGAACUCGAGGAGUGGGAGUACGACGGAGAGAGAGCCCGUCGUCGACGAUGAGCAUUACGUCUUGAAAGUGAUCAACUUGCCCCUUGUGGAACAAACUCGCCGCACUCGUAUUUCAAAGAGGUUAGAGGAUUCUCGGGACAAGACCGAGUUCUGGAUGCCAGCAUUCCCCUGGAGGGCCAUCGACUACCUCAACUACAAGGGCACAGACGUGGAAGGCUUGUAUCGAGUGCCGGGCAGCGGUCCGCAGAUCAAAAAGUGGCAGAGAAAGUUUGAUGAGGAAUACGAUGUUGACUUGUUCGAACAAGACGAUCUGUAUGACAUCAACAUCAUUGGCUCCAUGCUCAAAGCGUGGCUCAGAGAGCUGCCGGAUGAACUCUUCCCCAAGGCGGCACAGGAGCGUGUUGCACGUGAGUGCGCCGGUGCUGAAAAGGUACCCCAGCUCUUGAUUGACGAGCUGUCCAACCUGUCGCCCUUCAAUUACUACCUCUUGUUUGCCAUCACCUGCCAUCUGAGCCUGUUGCUGGCACACUCGGACAAGAACAAGAUGGACUUUCGCAACCUGUGCAUCUGCUUCCAGCCUUGCAUGAAGAUUGACGCCUUCUCAUUCAAAUUCCUUGUCUGUGACUGGCGCGAAUGCUGGAAGGGCUGCAAGAACGAGGCCAAGUUCAUCGAGGAGGAGUAUAUGCUGUUUGACCAGCCACCACCUCAAGGAAUUGCGGCGCCUCGUGCGCACGAGGAGGAAGAAGGCGUACCGGAGGAUCGCAACGUCUCGUCGUCUGGCAGCAGCAAGCAGUCGAAUCAGAGCGGUGGGGAAGCCGGCAAGGCCCGCCUCAAGAAGAAGACGCACGCCCCCGAGAAUGCCAGUGUGGCCUCGGCCUCGACCAUCUCGACAAAUCUGACGAUCGACAGCCGGCAAGAGACCACUACGCCAAGAAGAUCAAACGAUCUACGGCCGCUGUCGCCCAUCAAGCCCUUGUCACCUCUUGGCUUCUAG